AGCAGCCGCUCGCCGGCGAGGAGCUUUCAGGGUGAAAAUGCACCAUGGCAUGGGUGGAUCGGUGGGCGAUCGUCACGGCGUUCAAAAUCCGGCGAUGCAGGCCAGGAAUGGGGUUUGCGACAAAAUUGAAAAUUACAUAUCCGAGCUAGGCCGAUGGGCAGUAUGGAGAGCAAUAAUAAUGGGCCAAUUUCUCUCGCUGGUGCUGUGCUUUAUGACGCUUGUAAAUCAUCAUAUAAACACCGCUUCGUACAAGCUUUCGCUUCCAACAGGGCAAAAUCUUCCACAUUACGUGAUGAUGUGCUUAGUUUAUACGACGUGGAUGUCCUGCCGAGGUGUAGGAAAUGGCCUAAUUUCCGUCAUAAGAGCCCGUGGCUGGAGAUACUUGCUGUUAGCACUGAUCGACGUUGAGGCAUGCACGCUUAUUACGUCGUCACAUCAAUUUACCAGCCUCGCUAGCAUACAGCUUCUUGACUGUGUGGCAAUACCGGUUGCCUUGGUACUCUCGUUUUUAGUAUUGGGUGUCAGAUAUAGAAUGGUACACAUCGUUGGUGUGUCCGUUUGUUUGAUGGGCGUCGGAUGCCUGGUGUGGGCCGGUAUAGAUGACAAUAACGAUCCUACGGCUACUGGAAAGAAUCAACUCGUCGGCGAUAUGCUUUGUCUCGGUGGCGCGGUAUUGUUUUCGGUGACGACGGUCCUGCAAGAGCUAGCCGUUAAGACAGUCGAUAUUAUUGAAUAUCUGGGCAUGAUCGGUUUCUUCGGCACAAUAUUGAGCUGCAUGCAAACUGCGGUGCUCGAGAGAUUUCAAAUAGAAGCAUUCCAAUGGGACAACGCACCGGUAAUAACGAUCCUGAUUCUCUAUUGCAUCACGCAAUUCAUGUUCUUCUCUUUAGUACCAGUAAUAUUAUUUGAGUCUGGUGCUACCGCAUUGCAGCUGGCACUACUCACUUCGGAUUCCUUUAAUAUAUUAGCUGGAAUGCUUAAUCAUCACUACAAGUUUCAUGCAUUGUACUUUGUUUCGUAUACACUCACGAUGACCGGCAUAUACAUAUACGCAAUAAAGAGAACACCGAUAUCAUCGAAUUCGCGAAGGCAGCAUAUCGAACCACCUAUCCCAGAUUACAGACACAUGUCCCAUCCCGAUGUCGGUGAGGUGGAGAUGGCCACGAGCUCCGGAAUGUCCGGGGUAAGCGGCACCCUUGAUAUCAGGGCAUCCACCCUCGGUAGCGAGAGGGAGACAAUGGAUGCAACGAGCCUACCCCUAAGCGUUAGCUCGGACACGGCCUUCACCUCCUUUUAUGGCAGUCAGGCGAACUUGAAGGCUGCGAACGGGAAGAGCGAUUCUGCCUGUAAUUAAUAAGCGGAAGAAAACGACUGCCUAGAAUAGAAUAGCGCGCGAUUUCUUCAUUCAAAAUGCAACAUUUCUCAAAACGGGGCCCUUACAAAAAAUGUUUAUAUAUUGAUGACAUGAUUAAGAACGCUAGCACAUAGUGCAAAAACUCUUUUUUGAUAGCCGCAUAAAAUUAUUAAUAUAUACUAUUAAUUGUAUUUAAUAGACAAGACAAUAGUUAGAAUCGUCUUGAAGUGGCAUUAAUUCAAUACUUUUUUCAUAUAUGAUAUUAGUUUAUUAUUUGAUAUAAAUAUUAUUUAAUAAAAAAUGUAUAUAUUAAUAUAUAAUAUUAGAUUAAUUGUGUAUUUUUUGUUAAUUUAAUUAAAAUAUCGAAUCAAAUUUAAAAACGGCCAUAGAAUCAAAAUGUAUUGAAUUAGAUAUUAAUAUUUUCCUUCCAAUCAAAAAUAUUCUCAGCAUUAUUUAUAGUGGAUGUGAGCUAGUUCUGUAAAAACGAAACGUGCCAAAUAUCAAAAUCUAUUAGCACUCAGAUUAUAGAUUUAGAAAAAUGUGAAUGCAAAUGUGUACUCGUUUUAUCUACAUUGUAUACUCAUUUUCACUUGAAUUUUUUAUAUUAACACGAAUUACCUUCGUGGAUAUUUGUUAUGACUAUUACACACAAUCGAUAUAUUGUAGUGUAUACAUAGAGAUAUUCAUAAGUUACAAUAUGAUAACACGGGUUAAUCGAGAAAAAAAAUUUUAGAUACUCUAAUGCGAUGAACUUGUGGUAUUUAAUACAACAUAAUUAAUACGGUCAGUAUAAGACGACUUUCUAACUCUAUCCAACACUGUUAUAUUCUUCUAUCACAACAGUACGAUUUGCAGCUAUAAUGAAUAUUAUCACCAAUCACAAAUAACAAACACUAUACUUAUUUAAAUUCCUCUAUCUCGCUCAUAAAAUCAAAAUAUUAUAAUGACUAAAUCUUCUGAUGCAAAAAAUAAUUGUCUCGUCAAUAAUAUACUUUUUUUGUUGAGAUCAAUAAUCGUAAUAAAAUCCCGAGGGAUUUACACAGGGUGAGAAGAAAAUCUAAACUCGACACAAUUCUAAUCUGAUUGUUACACGUUACUCAUAUAUAUUAUCACAAUUAUUCAAUUAAUCUCAUAAUAAGUAGCUAAUAUACGAGUUAAGAAUAUCAGAAAAUAAGGUGCUAAUUUAAAACAAAAAUUUCCUAUAUUAUAUAUAGUUGAUUGUCCACUUUAACUAUAUAAAAUGUGUUCAUAAUAUUUUAUUCACAGAUUUUAUGAUAUAUGAAAAAUUAAUUAAUGAUAUAUAUUAAUUAUAUAUACUUAUAUACCAUACUCUCUUAUUCGCAAAAAAUCUCGUUUCGAUCACUAUUAUCAUUAUAUGUAUGCGUGACAACAAUAAUCUCGUUUUAAUAUUAUUCAUAUACAAAUCAUGUAAAAUGAAAACAAUUGGUAGACAUAUGGCCAUUAAUAUAUAUGCGUGUUCUGCAUAUUGUUUAAUUAUUAGUUUAUUAUUACUAAUUGUAUAUAUAUUUCAUUUAUUAUUGCAAUAUUAUUUAUUAUUUAUUUCAAAAAGAUUAUGCAUUUGUAUAUUUAAAAAAUGAUUUGUAUAUAUUUUUUAGAAAUACCUGUCGAUUAAGAUCUUUAAAGUAUAAUUAACGUAGUAUUUUUUAAAAUUAAUCUUUUUAAGAUUAAAAUGAAAUCAAGAUUAUUAAUAGAGUUCACUAUAACUAUUGUUGUUUCUAUAGACGAAAAUUAUAAACUAGCAUUUUCAUUAUAUUUAUAACUUUAGACUCUAAUAGAUUACAAAUAAUUCUCAAAGAAUUCAAAACAAUAUCCAUUAUACUCGUUGUUACGUUAUUUC